GGCUUCCUAAAGAGCGAGCGCGUCUCCCGGAUGGUGCAGAGCGGCGGCUGCUCGGCCAACGACUUCCGGGAGGUCUUCAAGAAGAACAUCGAGCGGCGCGUCCGCAGCCUCCCGGAGAUCGACGGCCUCAGCAAAGAGACGGUGCUGAGCUCCUGGAUCGCAAAGUACGACGCCAUCUACAGGGGGGACGAGGACAUGCGGCGCCAGCCACAGCGGGCGCACCUUAGCGCCGUGUCAGAGCUCAUCCUUAGCAAGGAGCAGCUGUACGAGAUGUUCCAGCAGAUCCUCGGCAUCCGCAAGUUUGAGCACCAGCUGCUGUACAACGCCUGCCAG